ACAUUCCCCAGCCUUUUAAUCCAGUCGUGCUGGUUCACCUACAAAGCUGGGCAACCAGGCAGCAAUCUUCUUCACAUGCAGCCGCCGUCCCCAGCACACCAUGUCCCAGCGCCAGGUCGUGCAGAUGUCUACCAGUCAUGCCAGCUACGGGGUCUGCGUACUGGGCAGUGAGGUCUUCCUUGACACCCACCGAUCUACCCCUAAAGGUGCCACGUCAUUUGAUGUUCAUGCCACGUCUGCCGUCACAGUCCACAUCAUCCACAGCCCCAUGACAAAACCCAUGCUUAACUCCAGAUGGCCACUGGAUCCCGAUAUAGAGGUUGUAGUGACCAUUGGUGUCACCAGCAAGACUGUCAAUGACAAUAAGGUUAAGAUUUCAUACUACGGAUGGGAAGAAAAUGAGAUUUCAGUGGCUUGGUUGUACCUCACCUGUGUAGAUAUAUCCCUGGAUGUGGACGUGAGCCGUAAUGGCAGAGUGAGGAGCAAAGGGAAGGACAAGGCCAAGUGGACAUGGGGACCAGACGGACAAGGGGCCGUGCUGUUGGUCAACUGUGACAAGGACAGCCCCAACACGGUGGGGACAGACAGCAACCAGGUGGACAUACAGACCCCUGCAGACCUGAAGGACAUGUCUCUGAUGCUGCUGCGGACUCAAGGUCCUAGCAGUAUCUUUGCUGACUACAAGGUUGUCCUACAUGUCUCCGAGUCAGAUGCAGACAAGGUGCGGGUUUUCCAUGCUAUCCGGAGUGACUCACAUCCCCAGUACAAACCCGUUUUGGGACCAGGCAUGCUUUCCUGCACACUAGACUGUGUCAGAAGUGGAGAAAACACCUUCUACGUGGAAGGGUUGGCUUUCCCUGAUGCAGGUUUCUCUGGGUUGGUUUCUAUCAGUGUCAGCUUGCUGGAGGUGCCCCAUAAGUAUUCUCCUGGGACCCCCAUUUUCACAGAUACAGUGGUUUUCCGCAUGGCGCCCUGGAUAAUGACACCCAACACCCAGCAGCCCCUGGAGGUGUUUGUCUGCAGCAUCAAGAAGGGAAUCAACUCCAAUGAAGUCUUUCUGGAGGAACUCCAAGCCCUACUAAGGAAAGCCAACUGCAAGAUGACCAUCUGCUCUGAACUCGAAAGCCGCAGUGACCGCUGGAUCCAGGACGAGCUGGAGUUUGGCUACGUGGAGGCACCACACAAGUCCUUCCCUGUGGUCUUCGACUCACCCAGGAACAGAGGCUUGAAAGACUUUGCUUUUAAGAAGAUCCUGGGCCCUGAUUUUGGUUACGUGACCCGUGUGCCCCAUGGAUGUGAUGCCUGCAGUCUUGACUCCUUUGGCAACCUGGAUGUGAGCCCUCCGGUAACAGUGCGAGGCAAGGAGUAUCCUCUGGGACGCAUUCUUAUUGGCAGCCCCCUGCCUUGGGCCUCUGGCCGUCGGAUGUCGAAAGUGGUCAGGGAUUUCCUUUACGCCCAGAAGGUGCAGGCACCAGUGGAGGUCUACUCAGAGUGGCUGAGUGUGGGACAUGUGGACGAGUUCCUCACCUUUGUGCCUGCUUACGACAGAAAGGGAUUCCGGCUCCUCUUGGCCAGCCCCACUGCCUGCUUCAAGCUCUUCCAGGAGAAGCAGAGGCAGGGACACGGCGAGGCCACGCAGCUUGUGGGUAAGGCAAUGGGGAAGGAUGUUCCCAUAUCAUUGGGUGCCGGCGAUGUCCCUCACCAAUGUCCCCAUAUAGGGAUUGUGGGCAGUGAGCGGAGGAGCAUUGAUGACAUCUUGGCAGAUGAAGGGCUGAGGAACGACAACAAACAUGUGCAGCGCUGCAUCGAUUGGAACCGCGACCUGCUCAAGCAUGAGCUGGGGCUGAGUGAACAGGACAUCAUUGACAUCCCCCAGCUCUUUAUCCUGCGAGGUUCCCGUGCAGAAGCUCUCUUCCCAGACAUGGUGAACAUGUUGGUGCUGGGCAGACACCUGGGCAUCCCCAAGCCCUUCGGGCCGCUGGUGGCUGGGCAGUGCUGCCUGGAGGAGCGGGUGAGGGCACUGCUGCAGCCCCUGGGGCUCUCCUGCACCUUCAUCAAUGACUUCUUCUCCUACCACAAGCUUGCUGGAGAGGUGCACUGCGGCACCAAUGUCCGCCGCAAGCCCUUUGCCUUCAAGUGGUGGCGGAUGGUGCCCUGAGCCACCCAUUUUCCUCUUCCCCCUUACCUACCCCCCCAACUCCCCUUCUCCAUCCCUGUAAGUGCCUUCUGCAGCAGCGUCCGCAACCCCCCUUGGAAAUAAAUAAGGGCUGUGCUUGCUCCCAGCCUCCUGCUGAGGUUAAAGACA